GAUAAAUCUAUAUCUAGUUUGGAACUGACCAAAAGUAAAAAACAUUUUAAUAAUAUUCCCCUCUUACUCUUAGGCUCUUUGCACACCAAGUCAACGAAGUGAGAAAUAGAUAUCUAUCUAGAUAUAGUUCUACAUCUAGAGUCUAGAUCCAGCUUAGUAUAUCUAUAUAGACCAUAAGCAGUUUGUAAUAAAUUAUCUAGAUCUAUAAUUUUAAUAUUAAAGAUCAAGAUACGAGAGAUCUAUUCUCUACGAAAAUGUGGUUUGAUGAAAUGGGAGAAAUCAUUGAGAUGUUCAAGGGUAGUUUUCCUCUGUCAUUCCUUUUUUUUGUUCCUAUUUUCAUCAUCAUAUCACCUGUUUGUCCUGUAAAUGCAGCUCAAGAAUUUGGAGUGUACAGAAUGCAGCAUUAUGAUUUGCAAGGAACAAGUUAUGGUUGUAAAAAUGCUAUCAUAAAUAUGGAGGCAAGAUCGAUUGAUUCAAAACUGCUGACACGGCGUUGCGCUGUUGCAAGAUUGCAAGAUGUCACUAUGGCUAAGUACAAAGAGCUUAUGACUCAAAAUGCAGGUUCACUUUUAGUGAUUCUCCCAAAAAAUUUGACAGCACUUUCACCUGAAGAAAAACAGCAUCUUCAAAGCUUAGAACAAGAUUUACUUGUGGAGCCAUCAACUGUACCUGUGUACUUCACUGUAGAAUCCGAAUAUAUCAAUGAUAUAUACAAGGACAUCCAAGAAGGUACUUCUGGCGACAAUGCGGCUACUGCUUGGGAAGCUUUGUUAAGCUCUGCUUUAGCUAAUGGCUUUCAGCUUGUUCUGUCAGGAAAUCCUGCAGAAGCUUUGCCAGAUUUUGAAAUAGCAAAUAUUCAGGGGCGAUUAUCUGGCUAUGGCAUUGAGGAACAGCUUCCUUCCAUUGUUAUUUCUGCACACUAUGAUGCAUCUGGCAUUGCACCAGGGUUAGCUUAUGGAGCUGAUUCUAAUGGCUCUGGUAUGAUUAUUUUGCUAGAACUUGCCAGAUUAUUCUCAAAACUGUACACCAACUCUCGUACGCAUGCAAAAUACAACCUUGUGUUUUUGUUGUCUGGAGGUGGUAAAUUUAAUUACCAAGGUUCUAAGAAAUGGAUUGAGGACAACUUUGAAGGAGCAGAGGGUAACAUUUUGUCUGAUGUUGCAUUUGUUUUGUGCCUGGAUACAUUGGGAGCCACAGACAACAUUAAUUUACAUGUGUCAAAGCCACCAAGAGAAGACAGCGCUGGUGGACAAUUCUUUCAGCAUAUUUCAGAUGUUGCUAGUGAAUAUUUCCCAGAAGUCAAAGUAGGGAUGGUACACAAAAAAAUCAACUUGGCAGAUGAAAUGUUGGCAUGGGAACAUGAGAGAUUCAGCAUCAAACGUAUGCUAGCUUUUACCUUGAGUCAUUUAGACACACACAAAAGUCCUGAAAGAACCACAAUUUUGGAUCAAAGAGAAAAAGUUAAAUUGUCUGUGAUAUCAAGAAAUACUCAGCUCAUUGCAGAGGGACUCGCUCGUCAAAUUUACAACUUAACUAGUCAGGGAAACCUAAGAAUGUUUAAAGAUACUUUGGCUGUGGAAGAGAGUGUUGUUGAGUCAUGGUUAGACUAUGUUACCAGCAUUGCAAGGGCUGCACAGCUGUUGAAACCAGACUCUGAAUUGUUGAUGACAUUAGAGCAGACUAUGGGACGUUACCUUAAAGAUGUCAAGAAAACUGUAAUCAAAGCAGACAAAAGGGAUCCAGAAUUUGUUUUCUACUCUGGUGCUGAAUAUGUGAUGAAUGCUUACAAUGUGAAGCCAGCAGUUUUUGAUCUGUUUCUGGCUCUGUGUAUUGCUGGUUAUCUUGCCUUGACAUAUUUGUGUGCUCAGAACUUCCAUAUUAUUUACUAUGCACUCAAGAAAACUGUGAUGCCUGUCAGCCCUAAAUCCAAAGUGUAUUGAAUGAGCUCUGAUUAGCCAAGUCAAGUUUACCAAAAAUAUUUGCAUCCUGAGUGUUGAAACAAAAGUGUUGAAAUUUUGGUUGUAUCCAUUGGUCUGGGCAAGUAGUGAGUAGCAGCAUUUGUUGAAAGUCUUUAGUUCACAUUUUUUAAACAAAUAUUUUUAAGAUAGAACAUUGUGGAUGUACAUAUUGUGUGUGUGUGACAGGUACAGAGGUGUAACAGUUUAUUUAUAUUAUAGAACUGGCCAUUAGUGACUUGCAUUUUAUUCUGUAAGGUUAUUCUAAUUGUAGUCUUUUUUGUUCUUUUUUCACUUUGUGAAUAAAAUGUAUCUAAUUUUUGUAAUGACAAAAAGUCUAUGAAAUAUAUGUAUAAUAUAUUAAGUGCAUCGUAAAUCAUUCAUUCCUUAGUGUGAGACUGGUCUAAUGUAAUGCAGUUUUAGAUGAUCAGUAUUUCUAAUCACAUACAUAUUUAUGAUUGACAUAAACAUUGGCAUUAAAGUUGUUUGCUUUGUAGAAACAAGUGAGAUAGUCUAAAUGCAGAAGAUUCUAUACAAUUUUUUCCAAGGUAUAGAUGUUUUUACACUCACUCUGUCUGUCUAACAAUUUCUCCCACACCCAUUAUCAAAUUGAAAUUUUACACAAUUAUUUAUUGUACCUAACAAAACAUGAAUCAAUAAAAAGAAUUAACUAAUAAGUCAAUUAGUUACUGGUAAUUAUUUAGUUUGAUACCAAAAAAAGAAAUUAAUCCUUGCAUAUUACAGUAUGAAAUAUGGCUACAUAUGUGGAGUUUUGUCCCUUUAGGUAAUUAUACAUGCUAUUUCUCUCAGAACAUUCUUGGAUAAAGUUAAAAACGAUACACAAUUAUUUAUUGUACCCAACAAAACAUGAAUCACUAAAAAAACAUUAACCAAUUAGUCAGUUAAUUAUUAGUAAUUAUUUGUUUUGUUAGAUAUCUAGAAAGGGAAAUAAAAUCUACAGUAUUGAGAUAUAUAGCUGUAAAUGUGGUUUUCUUUCCACAUGUUAAGCUUUGGUUGUUUUUUAAGUAUUAUUUAUUUUUUACUUGUUUUCUAUUAAAAUGAAGAUUUUAGUAAAAUUUUUAAUCAUUAAUGUAUUAUAUAUUAUAUUCUGAACCAAAAAAUUUAUAUCUGAACUAAAACCUAAAGAGCAUGUUUUAUGUAUCUGUAAUAAAGUCUGCUUUUUAAAUAAAGUUGCCAGUGAACCAGGAACAAUUAUGGCAAAGGCUGGUUGUAAAAAGUAAAGUACCCCUUUUAUACCUUGUGAUGGCUGGUUGUAGUUACUGUUAUCAAGAAUAUGAAAUAUUGAAAUCCCAACAUGAAAUAUAUAGAACAUUAAAAAAGUUAUUUCUACCUUGUUACUUUGUUCAAUGUGAUUUGAUUGACACUAUAUGCUGUGUGUCUGGUGGCAGUGUCCCAUAGCAGUUUUAGAAUGAACUUCAGUGUUUGUUUUAAGCUUUGACCAGUUAUUAUCUUCAUAGUUCCUUAUAGUUGCAUUUUAUGUACUUUUUUUUAUAAAGAUAAACCAGAAGAUUGUUUAAAAAAAAAACACCACUAAUGUCUAUUCUUGUUUGUUUUGAAAAUUUUGUUUGUGAUGUUUUUCCAACAUUUCCCACCACUUGUGUAUUAUCCCCUUCCAUUUCUAUGUUUGAAUGUAUUGCAUGUAUGAUUUAUACAGAUACAAAGUUCCAUUUAUUUUAUACAUUGAUGAAGACACUUCAUUAUGACUUUGUCGACUGAUUGCAAUUAUUCAGAUGCAAAAGUCUACUGGCAGUGUAGAACAAAAAUAAAGAAAAUCAGAACAUUUA